AUACAGGUCACAACACCCUCUGACUCACACUCAGCCACCGUGAACACACCACAAGUACUACGAGAUGAAGGUGGCAGUAUUGUUCCUGUGUGGCGUGGCUCUGGCCGCCGCCAGCCCCUCCUGGGAGCACUUCAAGGGCAAGUAUGGCCGGCAGUACGUGGACGCCGAGGAGGACUCCUACCGCCGGGUCAUAUUUGAACAGAACCAGAAGUACAUCGAAGAGUUCAACAAGAAGUAUGAGAACGGCGAGGUCACCUUUAACCUGGCGAUGAACAAGUUCGGUGACAUGACCCUCGAGGAGUUCAACGCUGUCAUGAAGGGAAACAUCCCCCGCCGUAGUGCACCUGUGAGUGUGUUCUACCCCAAGAAGGAGACAGGUCCCCAGGCCACUGAGGUUGACUGGCGCACCAAGGGCGCCGUCACCCCCGUCAAGGACCAGGGACAGUGUGGCUCCUGCUGGGCCUUCUCUACGACUGGCUCCCUGGAAGGUCAGCAUUUCCUCAAGACCGGCAGCCUGAUCAGUCUCGCCGAGCAGCAACUCGUCGACUGUUCCCGCCCCUACGGCCCCCAAGGAUGUAAUGGUGGCUGGAUGAACGAUGCCUUCGACUACAUCAAGGCCAAUAACGGCAUCGACACAGAGGCCGCCUACCCUUACGAAGCCAGGGAUGGAUCUUGCCGCUUCGAUUCUAACAGUGUUGCUGCCACCUGCUCCGGACACACAAACAUCGCGUCUGGCAGUGAGACCGGCCUCCAGCAGGCAGUGAGAGAUAUUGGACCCAUCUCUGUCACCAUUGACGCCGCCCACAGCUCCUUCCAGUUCUACAGUAGCGGUGUGUACUAUGAGCCAAGCUGCUCGCCUUCCUACCUGGACCACGCUGUACUGGCUGUUGGCUACGGCAGCGAGGGUGGCCAAGACUUCUGGCUCGUCAAGAACUCUUGGGCGACCAGUUGGGGUGAUGCUGGGUACAUCAAGAUGUCUCGCAACAGGAACAACAACUGCGGUAUUGCCACUGUCGCCUCCUACCCGUUGGUAUAGAGGUGAUGGCACUCUAGGUCACCAGGCCAGGGUGAAUGGUGACUGCUGGUGCUGCUCCUCGGCAUGAGACGCUCACCAUGAACUCUGAGCCGUGAACAUUUCUGUAUAUCUCUACGGUGACGUAUUGUGUAUAGUAGUAACCUACGAUAAUUUGAAUACCAAUAAAAUUAUCAGAAUUUUUA